AUGUCCAAACGCAGUACAAUUCGUAUGGUUGAGGAGGACACAUUGCCUCAGGACUACCUUCCAUCUUACGAAGCGGCGAUAAACGAGGGGCUACACCAACAUAGAGACAGUUUCAGAAGCGAUGGUAGAGUUGACGUAAAUCUUGACUCUCGCUUGGCGACGACGCUUGCCCGCUUCAUCCCCGAUUUCAAAGACACAGCCCAAUACGCCCAAGCCGCAUCAGCCCAAGGGCCUCCCCCAAAAUAUUUCGAGGCAGCAGAGAGCUUCGCUGAGAAAAAGACUUUUCCCGUCAAACUGAACAUCGUCAUCCAAGUCGUAGGAAGCCGAGGCGACGUCCAGCCUUUUAUUGCCCUUGGCAACGAGCUCCAGACCUACGGGCACCGCGUCCGCCUGGCCACACAUGACGUUUUUGACGUUUUUGUACGAAAAUCCAACCUCGAGUUUUACCCCAUUGGUGGCGAUCCUUCCGAAUUGAUGGCAUAUAUGGUCAAAAACCCCGGCCUUAUUCCCAGCUUGAAGAGCUUGAAGGGCGGCGAUAUUCAGAAAAAGCGUAAAAUGGUCAAGGAGAUGCUCGAGGGGUGCUGGAGAUCGUGUAUCGAGCCCGAUACACAGACGGGAAAGCCCUUUGUGGCUGAUGCAAUCAUUGCGAAUCCACCGAGUUUUGCGCAUGUCCAUUGCGCUCAAGCUUUGGGUGUACCACUACACCUUAUGUUCACCAUGCCCUGGAGCAGUACGAGAGCGUUUCCCCACCCGUUGGCAAACCUAAAGCUUGGAGACAAGGGAGUUGUUGAUCAAAUGACGGCGAACUUUGUUUCCUACAGCAUUGUGGAGUGGUUGACAUGGCAGGGUUUGGGAGAUGUCAUCAACGACUGGCGAAAGACAAUUGACCUCGAGGAAGUACCAUUUUCCGAAGGACCAGUACUUGCGGAAUCUCAGAAGAUACCAUUCACAUACUGCUGGUCUCCAGCACUAGUACCCAAGCCGAUUGAUUGGCCGGCAUAUAUCGAUGUGUGCGGCUUCUUUUUCCGAGAACCUCCCCAGUAUACACCGUCGCCUGAGCUGGAGAAUUUCCUUAUGAAUGGGCCGACCCCUAUUUACAUUGGAUUUGGAAGCAUCGUCAUUGACAAUCCUGACGAGAUGACCAAGAUUCUCAUUGAGGCAGUUCGAUCUACCGGAGUUCGUGCCAUAAUAUCUAAGGGAUGGAGUAAUCUGGGAGGGGUCGAUUCGGAUGAUGUGCUGUUCCUCGGAGACUGCCCUCACGAGUGGUUGUUCGCCAAUGUCGCAGCGGUCUUCCACCAUGGCGGUGCGGGAACAACUGCGUGUGGACUGCUGAACGGAAGGCCGACAACGGUUGUUCCAUUCUUUGGCGACCAACCUUUCUGGGGCGACAUGGUUGCCAUUGCAGGUGCGGGGCCGAAGCCAAUUCUACACAAGCAGCUCAACGCCCAAAACUUGGCCGAUGCUAUACGUUUCUGCUUGACUCCGGAAGCAGCAGCAGCAGCCGGCAAAGUUGCAGCCAAGAUGAGGACUGAGAACGGUGUAGCUACGGCAGCCAAGUCGUUCCACGCCAACUUGCCUCUGCAAACUUUGCAAUGUGACAUAUUCCCCGACCAGCCUGCAGCAUGGGAGUUAAAAAGAAGCAAAAGGCAAUUGAAGUUAUCAAAACAAGCUGCAGGUAUCCUUCUCGAUCACCUAAAGAUUGGACAAAAGAACAUGUCGCUAUACGAGACAAGAACAUACAUCAUCGAGAAUCGCCGAUGGGACCCUGUGACAGGCUCCGCAUCAUCUCUGAUGAGCGCAGGAGCCGGCAUGGUCAAGGGAGCUACAGACAUCGUCGUCAAACCAAUUCAGGUUUAUCGCCAACGAUCCAUGAUAAAAUCGGCAGAAACGGAAGACGUCGUGAGAAGCAGUGCCAGCAGUGAUUUUCAGACACCUCCCAGAUCACCGAGUCUAGCACCGCCGCAAUCCGACGCCUUCGAACGACCAAAGAGUGCCGGCAGAGGCUGUGGAAGUACCACAGGGGUGGCAAUGAAAGCGUCAGCUUCUGGUCUCGGCAAUUUUUUCAAAUCAUAUGGCAAACUCUACCUCGACGUGCCACUGGCGGUUACAGAAGGGCUCCGCAUGACGCCAAAACUAUACGGCGAGAAAGUAGAAGACCGCGCGCCUAUCACGGAUUGGAAGUCCGGCGCGAUGGUUGGCGGGAAGAACUUUGUCACCGGUAUCGGUGGAGGAUUUGCUGAUCUAUUUUAUCAGCCCUACAAGGGAGGCCGAGACGGAGGUGCGGCAGGUGCGGCAGUGGGCGUUGGCAAGGGGGUGAUGAACAUGAUGACCAAGACGGCUUCAGGAACCCUUGGAAUCGUUGCUUACCCUGCUCAAGGAGCGUAUCAGAGCAUCAGAACAGCAGUCAAGUUCAAGACUCGCCAUAGCAUUGCCGCUGCCCGGCGAGCUGAGGGCGAGUAUCUGGCUCGCAAUACUCCAGUCAAUGUUGAGCGGGUACUGCAAAAGUUUGAUGAGAUUUGCCGAGCCAGUGAGAGGGGAAAGAAGGUUGUUGGAUUUUAG